AUGAUCAUCACAUAUCUGGCCCGCUUGAUGCUCCUGCUCCCCGAACUCACGCCCUCCGACGCCAACCACCUGGAGCAGCUGGCGCAGCUGCAGGAAGCGCAGUCCAAGCACACCCGCCACGACCCCCCGCUGCCUCAUCGGCAUCGUGGCGGCGACGCGGAGCCGGCGGAACGCCCGGCGGGCGUGGUGGUCCAGCCGUUCGGCGACCCACUGGCCGAUGUGCUCGGGUACGGCGACGCCGCCCAUCGACAUAUCACACACAGACCCAAAUUGCCCCCGCCCAAAAUGGAGAGCAGUCUGCAGCCGGGCGGCGACUGUAUACCCAUCAACGAGACGCUCAGGAAACAUCUGAUUCAGGUGGGAAAAGCUAGGCUAACCAAGGAAUUCUCAACUAAAUUAUCAGUUAUACAGUGACGGACCUGAUGCAGUGGCAAAAAACGUACCAUUUUGCAUCCGGGAGGUAUCAAAAAAUGUGGCAAAAUGCCUCCCUAUCCAAAUGAAAAAAAAACUCCAAUUUCAAAAGCUGCUUGGAAAGGGAGGCAUUUCUGCCAUACUGUUUGAUACUUCCCGGAUGCAAAAUGGUACGUUUAUUGUAUCAAAAAAUGUGGCAAAAUGCCCCCUUCUCCAGUUAAAAAACGAAAUCUCGUUUUAUUUGCUAAGCGCCAUCUACAGUGACGGACCUGAUCCAGUGGCAAAAAAGCGUUAUCAAAAAAUGUGGCAAAAUACCUCACUCUCCAAGCGAAAAAACUUCGUUUUUCAAGGGAAUCCUUUCCCUCAAAAAAUGAGCUUUUGAAUUCAGAGUUUUUUUCACUUGGAGAGAGAGGUAUUUUGCCACAUUUUUUGGUACUUCCCGGAUGCAGAAUGAUACGUUUUUUGCCACUGGAUCAGGUCUGCCACUCUAGAAAUCCCUCAUAUUUAGGACAAAUCCUAGAAAAAACAGUUCCCAAAUUUCAGAGUCUCUUCAACGACGACUACGACAAGGACACGCUUCCGUCGACGGACGCCACCUCCGUGGUGGUCGAGCUGACCGUGCAGAGCAUCACCGAGAUCACCGAGUUCUCCUCCUCCUUCAAGGCGGACGUGUGGUUCUCGCAGAUCUGGCGCGAUCCCCGCCUGGACUUCACCGGCUUCAACUACUGCCUGACCAACCUGUCGUUGUCGGCGCACAAGCUGCCGCAACUCUGGACGCCGAACGUGUGUUUUGUGAACAGCAAAAAGGUGGACAUUCAUGCGUCGCCGUCGCAAAAUAUUUUGCUUUUGGCCUUUCCGAAUGGGACAAUUUGGCUGAAUUUUCGGGUCAGCAUCAGUGGACCGUGUCGACUGGACUUGGUGAGUUGUGAGCCGAGAAUGAUUCCAAGGCGCGACGCACGUCAAACUGAGGAGUCCGGUGACCGGAAUAGACCUUUCGCUAUUGGUUUUUUACACUUCGUCUUGAUUUCGCAGAGAAAGAGAGAAAAAAGACACGCAAAAGCGUACUCUCUCGCCCCAAAAAUUCCCCAUUUCUUCCUCGACAAAACGUUUUUUCGAGUCUUUUUUUCGCAAAUUGCCAAUCCAUUCACCGGACUGUUUUAGCUUAUCUCAGUUUGACGUGCGACGAACCCACAUUAUUUUCCCGACCGGCUGAAUCUGGUCCGUAUAUAUCGAACAGAGUAUAAGCCUGGAGCCAAUGCGUUAUCUGCAAAGUUUGCUUAUUUUCCCGGCAUAUCGACAUUAUUUUCCCGGCAAAUCCACAUUAUUUUCCCGACAAAAUCACAUUAUUUUCCCGACGGGCUGAUACAGUCUAUUUUUAUCCGACCUGCGCCCUAGCAUUGCUGAAAAUCACAGGGCGCAGCUCGCAUCUCGGGGGCAGCUCGGAAAAAAAGCUUUUGCAGCUCGCCGGAGCUUUUCAGUUUCUUUUCGAGCUGCGCCCAAGACGCGAGCUGCGCCCGUGAAAGUUCUCCGAGCUGCGCCCUAUGAUUUUCAGCAAUGCUAGGGCGCAGGCCGGAAAAAUUGGCUGUAUCAGUCUGUCGGGAAAAAAAUGUGGAUUCGUCGCGCCUUGGAAUCGUCCAUCGCGGGCUUGUGAUUGGUUGACUAACCUCAAUUUCCCCCAUUUUCAACAAGUUUCAUCAAACUCCGGGGACCUUUUUCUUCAACUUUAUGGGAUUUUUCUGGCACGAAAGUUGGCCAUCUUUGAAGCUUUAUAAAAACCGCUAUGAUAAACCUAACCGCACGAAGCAUAUAUCACUAGACAGCGUUUUCAACGUUCUUUCAGGCGAUAUUAACAGAUGCACCAAAACUUUAAUUCUAUCUGUAAAAAAAUGCACAACAAAAAAACGGCACGGUCAUACUAAUAUUUAUCCCCAUUUUCAGACCUAUUUCCCAAUGGACCUUCAACAAUGCAGUUUGAUCUUCGAGGUAAGCCUUCGCCAGCCCAAAACUGUCUCUCAGGACCAUCCACAUAAAUUUACGCUACUCUUUUUUCAGAGCUACUCAUACAACACGGCGGAAGUGCGGAUAGUUUGGCGGGAUUGGGAGGCGGUUUCGAUUCCCGAUCCCUCGUCCAAAAAACUGCCCGAUUUCGAGCUCAUCUCGUUCGAGCACGCGCACCAGACGCUGGUCUACACGGCGGGUCUGUGGGAUCAGCUGGAGGUGGUGUUCAAGUUCCGCCGACUCUACGGGUUUUAUGUUCUUCAGGUGGGUCAUGGAUAAUAUAAAUUUUGUCCGAAAAGUGGGAAAAAAUCCAUUUUCUUAACAAAAAAAUAUAAAACAAACCUUCUAAAACUAUAUUUCAACCGCCUAUGGUCACUAUGCGACCUUUUCUGACUGAGAGAAACACUUGACUCGAAUGGGUCAAGUGUUUCCCAUUCGAGUCAAGUCUUUCUCUCGCUCAAAAACACCCCCAAAUUCAGGUCAAAAUUAAAUUUUACCCAUUUUCAGGCCUUCCUUCCCACCUAUCUAGCAGUUUUUAUCAGCUGGAUCGCCUUCUGGAUCGACACCAAGGCGCUGCCGGCACGCAUAACAUUGGGCGUCUCCAGUCUGAUGGCUUUAUCCUUUCAAUUAGGCAACAUUGUGAAGAACCUGCCCAGAGUCAGCUAUGUCAAGGUAAAACGAAACUAUUUAUAAUGUUUUUACACCAAAAUUUCCAGGCAUUGGACAUCUGGAUGUUCGGUUGCAUGGGGUUCAUUUUUUUGAGCUUGGUGGAAGUAAGUCGGGUUUAUCGCUUUAAUUUAAAAAGUAUAUGUAAAGAUUAGCGGCUUAAAUUAAAGCCACUAAAACGAUCUUUCAUUUCCAGCUCGCAAUUGUCGGAUUCGCGGACAAAGUCGAAGCCAGGCGGCGUCGGCAGCAACGGGCCCGUGAGCAGAGUCUUUUGCGGACGGAAAGCGAGCGUAUCAAGUUCGGGCAAGCCCGGAACCACAGCCAAACCCUCUAUUAUACAGAGGGACGAAUACAGUGUAAGUUGAGACCCAUUUUACCUGCACACACCAUCAAUAUGUAGUGCAAAAUCGAGUUUAAAUUGUCUUAUCCAUCAAAAAUUGAUGAAAAACCCUUCAGACUCCGCUUCGGUGGAUGAUUUGGAUUCGAAUUCGAAUCAGACCGCCUCAAUCGGCGGGCCACCUCAGAUGGAGCGUCAACGACUCUAUCGCGCCAACACCAUCAACCAUUCCAGCGGCGAGCCGACGCGCGCAAAGGCCAAUGGCAAGACCCCCGCCUACAAAAUGCCGGAGGAGCAGCAAAAUUACAUCAACGGGGAGCGGAUUGAUGAGGUUGGUGGGGGAAAAAAACAACUACCAAAACAAGCAUUUGUUGUAAUUCACCUUUUUUGCCAAAAAAAAAAAAAAAAAAAUUCAAAAAAUUUUAAUUCCAAAAAAUUUCAAAAUCUCAUUUUCAGAUCUCCGCCAAACUAUUUCCCCUCCUUUUCAUGGCCUUCAACGUGUUCUACUGGUUCUACUACAUCGGGAUGCCAAAGAAUUUCGGUUGA